AUGAUUAUGACUGCGGGUAUGAAUCUACCAUUGUACCCAGCCCUGAGGGUGCUAUUGCUCACAGCACUUGGGCCCGAUGUACCCCGGUCUGAUGCGUUACUGGCCGUUCUUCUGGGUUACCUGCCUUCCUUACAACGUCUCGAGCUCUCACUGGAACAUGAGGACCCAUACGGCGAUCCUCAGAUCACAGAUUGGAACUUGGUUGAACGUGUCUUGAUGGGUAUCACCAGUGCACAACCGUUACACAUCGAUGGAAAUGGCAUUAUAACUUCCUCUACACCUAUGCUAUCCAAACUCACUCAUCUGAAGGCUGAAAUCAAUGGAAACUUACCUUUAGCUGACAUUGAUUGGCUCAUGGUGCUGCUUCAAAUACCCACUUUGACCCAUGUAUUCGGCACCAAAUGGACCAACGCAGUACGGUGGUUGAGACCUAGAUUUUUCAACGCCGAUCGUCUCGUUCACCUCGAACUUCGCGAGUGCACCUUUGAUGCUGAGAGCCUUGAAAGGCUCCUCAAGCAGACUCGCAAGUUGCAAACCUUCAUCUACGAACGCGGGUGGACAAAGCGGAUGGGUUGGGUCGUGAAAACAUCCGAGCUCACCCACGCACUUCGAUACACAUCGAAGACCCUGACCUGUCUUGAACUAUCAUACAAUCGAUCUGACCGAAAGAUCAACGAGGACUUGUAUCUUCAGCCUCUCGACCUCUCGGGGCUUGUUCAUUUGAAGAGACUGCGACUAUCCGCCGGCUAUCUUGUUCUGACCGAAGAGAAAACGACAAGGUUUAAAGGUCGCUACAGAUUGCUAUACGAAGAGGACGGGCUGUACAACAGCGUAAAGCCUUUGCACUGCCUGCUCCCUAAAUCACUUGAGGAGCUGCACAUCUUUCAAGUCCACGAUGGUCUCGAAUUCAACCUCAUGAGUGAUAAGUUGUGCGAAAGCCUCUGGACCAGGACACUGCCCCUUUCGUCGGACCGUCAAUUCCAACACCUCAAUGAGAUCAUAAUUGAGGCACCUUAUGAGGACAGAGGCGUGUCCGUGUUUGAGGCACUCUCUACGGCCACAAAUCAGGUUGGAGUGAAGUUAACAACAAUUGAAAAUUCCGAAGAUUACAUCAAAUCUUGGAUUACUGGCGCGACGAAAAAGGCAUGCCCGGAAAAGAAGAUUGACUGGGGGUUUGACGGCGAGAUCCAGUGGGCGCAUCCUUUCACUCAGCGAGCGGACUCGCAUUCCCAAUUCCGCUGA